AUGUUUAAAAAUGAUAUUAAAGAUGUAACAACUACUAUUGACUUUGAUAAUGAUUGGCGAUAUAUUUGUUUAUCAAAUAUAUCUUCAUAUGAUAAUGAAUUUAUUUUAUUUUCAUAUAAUGAUCAAGAUUGGACAAAUAUUCAAUUACCACACUAUAAUAAUAAUAAAUCAAAAAAAUUUACUUCAAUAUGUGUUUCAUAUUGGUAUAGAAAACGAUUUAAUUUAAAAGAAAUACUUGAUAAAUAUCACAAUAUUUAUUUGCAUUUUGAAUUUAUAUCUAAAAAUAAUAAGCAAAAUAAAAAUGAUGACUUAGAUAUAAAAAUACCUGCUAUUACAAUAUGGUUAAAUGAAAAUAAAAUUUUUUCUGAUACACUAUCACAACCAGUUAAUUUAACGAAAUAUAUAAAAUAUGAUAAAGAAAAUUUACUUGUGAUUUAUUCUAAAUAUGGAUAUCGACUAUGUUUACAUGCUCGUUUACUUUUACAACAUCACUUAUCUGGUCAAGUUGAUCUUGAUGAACUUGAAGAAAAUAUAAUAAAAAAGGGACAAAGAAAAAGUCUUGAUUAUAUGGCAAGUUUUGAUGAUUCCGAUGGACUCAUUGCUGUUUUUAUUCAUUCAUUAACGAAAUACAUUGACGACAAUAAUAUUGAUAUUGAACAUUAUAAAAAUCGAAAUUCUCAUAAUGAAAAUGUUAAUAUGAUACCUAUAAUAGAUGGUCCAAUACCUCGUCUUGCCAUUUUAAUGCUUAUUGUUGGUACACGUGGUGAUGUUCAACCAUUUAUUGCUCUUGCUAAAGCACUUCUUGAACAUGGUCAUCGAGUUCGCCUUGCAACACAUGAAGUUUUUCGAAAAUUUGUUCGUGAAAAUGGUAUUGAAUUUUAUCCAUUAGCUGGUGAUCCAGCUAGUCUUAUGUCAUUUAUGGUUAAAAAUGCUGGUAUUGUACCAUCAGUUAGUAGUAUUGUAGCAGGUGAUGUUGUUAAAAGUCGUCGUGUUAUUGCUGAAAUUCUUCAAUCAACAUGGAAAGCAUGUAUAGAAGAUGAUGAUGAAACAGGUGUAUCAUUUGUUGCUGAAGCUAUUAUUGCAAAUCCACCAUCAUAUGGCCAUAUUCAUUGUGCACAAAAAUUACAAAUACCUUUACAUAUGAUAUUUACAAUGCCUUGGUCACCAACAGUUCAAUUUCCACAUCC